UAUACGAGCUUCAGGCGUGGUAGAGCGGCGCUACAGGUGGGUGCGAUACGCUGCAUUGGCGAGACUAGCAAGGUGGAGUGGACAAGGGCGCCGCUGGGGCAUGCUGCUCAGUGCUUGGCUUGAGACGUAUAAGUCAAACACACCACCGCUCUUUUCUCUCCUCACAUAUCCUGUCCAUACCAUCUCCUUCCCCCCUCCCGUUAUCUUGUCCCUGCUGCCAAUUCACCCCCACCGACAACCCUACAAUCGCUUCCCAUUUGUAAUCGACUCCCCUCUUUCGUUUCUUCGCCAUGUGCGGAAUCUUCGGUUACAUCAACUACCUGGUGGAGAAGGACAGGAAGUACAUUCUCGACACAUUGAUCAAUGGUCUGCAACGUCUAGAAUACCGCGGCUACGACUCCGCCGGUCUCGCUGUCGACGGUGACAAGAAGAACGAAGUCUACGCCGUCAAGGAGGUUGGCAAGGUCGCCUCUCUCAAGAAGCUCGUUGAGGAGCAGAACUUCGACCUCGGAAAGGUCUUUGACUCGCACGCCGGUAUCGCCCACACACGAUGGGCGACCCACGGUCCCCCCUCCCGUGUCAACUGCCAUCCCCACAGGUCUGACCCCAACUGGGAGUUCUCCGUCGUCCACAACGGUAUCAUCACAAACUACAAGGAACUCAAGACCCUGCUCGAGAGCAAGGGCUUCAAGUUCGAGACGGAGACGGACACUGAGGCUAUUGCCAAGCUCACAAAGUACAUCUACAACGAGCACCCAGACCUGAGCUUCCCAUCGCUCGUCAAGGCUGUCAUCAAGGAGCUCCAGGGUGCUUUUGGUCUCCUUGUCAAGUCUGUCCACUACCCCCAUGAGGUUGUGGCUGCCCGCAAGGGUUCUCCCCUUGUCAUUGGUGUACGGACACAAAAGAAGAUGAAGGUCGACUUUGUCGAUGUCGAGUACAACGACGAGGGUGCUGCUCUCCCCGCCGAGAGCGCCGCCCACAACGUUGCGUUGAAGAAGUCGAACAACUUGCUCGCUCCCCCAGACAAGUCGCUCCUCCACCGAUCGCAAUCCCGCGCUUUCCUCUCGGACGACGGUGCCCCAAUGCCCACCGAGUUCUUCCUCUCCUCCGACCCAUCCUCCAUUGUCGAGCACACCAAGAAGGUCCUGUACCUCGAGGAUGACGACAUUGCACACAUCCACGAGGGCUCCCUCAACAUUCACCGCCUGCACAAGGAUGACGGAUCCUCCAACGUCCGUACCAUCCAGACUCUGGAGAUCCAGCUCCAGGAGAUUAUGAAGGGCCGCUUCGACCACUUCAUGCAAAAGGAGAUUUUCGAGCAGCCCGAGUCCGUCGUCAACGCCAUGCGUGGACGUCUCGACCCUGUCAACAAGACCGUCACACUCGGUGGUCUCCGUCAGUACAUCUCCACCAUCAGGCGAUGCAGGAGGAUUAUCUUCAUUGCUUGCGGUACUUCUUACCACUCUUGUAUGGCUGUUCGUGGUGUCUUUGAGGAGCUUACCGAGAUCCCCAUUGCCGUUGAGUUGGCCUCUGACUUCCUCGACCGCCAAGCACCCGUCUUCCGUGACGACACUUGCGUCUUUGUCUCGCAAUCUGGUGAGACCGCCGACUCGCUCGGUGCUCUCCGCUACUGCUUGGAGCGUGGUGCCCUGACUGUUGGUAUUGUCAACACUGUCGGUUCCUCCAUCUCCCUCCUCACUCACUGCGGUGUUCACAUCAACGCCGGUCCCGAAAUCGGUGUUGCCUCCACCAAGGCCUACACCUCGCAGUUCGUCUGCAUGGUCAUGUUUGCUCUAUCGCUCAGUGAGGACCGUGCCUCGAAGCAGAAGAGGCGUGAGGAGAUUGUCGAGGGUCUCGGCAAGAUCUCUGACCAGUUCAAGGAGGUGCUCAAGCUCGACCAGCCUAUCAAGAAGCUCUGCGAGAGGUUCAAGAACCAAAAGUCUCUGCUCCUCCUCGGACGUGGCUCUCAGCACGCCACUGCGCUCGAGGGUGCUCUGAAGAUCAAGGAAAUCUCGUACCUCCACUGCGAGGCCGUCAUGUCUGGAGAGCUCAAGCACGGUGUCUUGGCUCUGGUCGACGAGAACCUCCCCAUUGUCAUGAUCCUAACCCGGGACGACAUCUUUGCCAAGUCGCUCAACGCAUACCAGCAAGUCAUUGCCCGUAGCGGUCGUCCAAUCAUCAUCUGCAACGAGAACGACCCCGAGUUCCCCGCUGACAAGACUGACAAGAUUGAGGUGCCCAAGAACGUCGAUGUUCUCCAGGGUCUUAUCAAUGUCAUUCCUCUGCAGCUUAUGUCUUACUGGAUGGCGGUUGCCGAGGGCGUCAACGUUGACAUGCCCCGCAACCUUGCUAAGUCUGUGACUGUCGAGUAAGCAAGCGUUUGUGUAGUUUACAUGGCGUUCUCUGGGCUAGAGAAGCUGUGUAUCAUUUGGGAUUUGGACUAGAUGUGGGAUUUAUGAAUGGAAACUCUGGACGCAGCUUAUGUGUAUGGCAUUGAAUUUUACGAUAACUAGGAUGCAGAGCGAUGCGUUUUGCGCAGCUUGUGG